CCGGGGUGCCGCACCGCAGCGGGGGCUCUGCGGGGCCCGCUGUGAGGCCGGCGGGCGCCGCGCGCAGGGGCGGCCGGCAUCAUCAUGACAACAGAAAAGAGCCCAGCAGCCAACGCUGACAACUCGGAACAGCAUCAAGCCAAGGAGGAGGAAGGAGCUGCUGAAACAAAGAAGCAAGAGGCUUCCCUGGAGGAAGAGGCUCAGCCAACACCAGAGAGGCAGCCCCAGAGGCAGAAGGCCUCCAACGGAGACACCCCCACACACGAGGAGCAGGGCAAGAAAGAGCGUCGCACUUCUGAGGGCAGAGGUCUCUCCCGCCUCUUUUCCUCCUUCCUCAGGAGGCCCAAGUCUCAGGUAGCUGAAGAGGACAAAGACACUGAUGCUCCUAAAGAGGCAGAAGGUGACCAGAAAAAUGCAGGAUUAGGAGCCAGCCCUGAUGAAGAUAUCCUGGUGAAAGCCCCGAUUGCAGCUCCUGAGCCCGAGCUUAAAACUGACCCGUCUCUGGAUCUCCAUUCCUUGAGCAGUGCAGAAACACAGCCUGCUCAAGAGGAGAGGAGGGACGACCAGGAGCCAGAGAGAAGAGAACUCGAGGACAGGGAAGAAGGGGAAGCAAAGGAAGAGGGUGCCAAGCCAGAACUGAAGCCAGAGUCUCUGGAGACGAGAGCAGACAAGGAUUUGAAAGCUGCCCAAAAAGUAGUGAAAAGACACAGAAGCAUGUUCUGCAAAGUUGUCUUGCUGGAUGACACCAUUUUUGAGUGUUCUAUGGAUAAACACUCCAAGGGACAGGAUCUACUUAAAAAAGUCUGUGACCACCUCAAUCUGCUGGAAGAAGACUACUUUGGUUUGGCCACAUGGGACACGCCAACCUCCAGGACAUGGCUGGAUCCUGCCAAAGAAAUAAAAAAACAGGUUCAUGGAGGCCCCUGGGAUUUUACCUUCAAUGUCAAGUUUUAUCCACCAGAUCCUGCCCAGCUAACAGAGGACAUCACCAGGUAUUACCUCUGUCUGCAGCUUAGACAGGACAUCCUUACAGGGCGGCUUCCCUGCUCCUUUGCCACCUUGGCUCUGCUGGGUUCCUACACGGUCCAGUCAGAGUUGGGAGACUAUGAUCCUGAUCUCCAUGGCCCAGAUUACAUCAGUGAAUUCAAACUGGCCCCAAACCAGACAAAAGAGCUUGAAGAAAAGGUUGUGGAGCUUCAUAAAACAUAUAGAUCCAUGACUCCAGCCCAAGCAGACCUGGAAUUUCUGGAGAAUGCAAAAAAGCUAUCUAUGUAUGGAGUCGACCUUCACCAAGCCAAAGACUUGGAAGGAGUGGAUAUCACUCUGGGAGUCUGUUCCAGUGGACUUCUUGUUUACAAAGAUAAACUGAGAAUCAAUCGCUUCCCAUGGCCCAAAGUCCUGAAGAUUUCCUACAAACGCAGCAGCUUCUUCAUAAAGAUUCGGCCAGGGGAGCAAGAACAGUAUGAAAGUACAAUUGGGUUCAAGCUACCAAGUUAUCGGGCAGCAAAGAAGCUCUGGAAAGUAUGUGUUGAACAUCACACCUUCUUCAGGCUGACUUCCACUGAGGCCAUCCCGAAAAGCAGGUUCCUGGCGCUGGGCUCCAAAUUCCGCUACAGUGGCCGGACGCAGGCGCAGACGCGGCAGGCGAGCGCCCUGAUCGACCGGCCCGCGCCCCAGUUCGAGCGCACAGCCAGCAAGAGAGUGUCCAGGAGCCUCGAUGGAGCUAAACGUGCGACUCAAAAGGUUGAGUUCAGAGCCAUAGAGGAGGAGAAGCAGAAGGAGGUGGUGGUGGUUGAGGUUCCUGAACCAAAACCUGUGGAUCAGAUCCGAGAGAAGCCAGCCAAACACACUCUUGAAACUUUUGAAAUGAAACCCAUUGCAGAGGAGGAAGAGGAGGAGGAAGAGGUAGAGGUCGUUAAGGUUCCUGUUGUCAAGCCAAAGUCAGUGGAGCUGGUGCAGCCGCGGUCAGCAGUGGCUGUGAUAACCCCAGAGCGGAGUCCCCGGCCCACUUCAGCCCCAGCUAUUGCUCAGAGCCACCCUGCAGAGCCAGCCCCAGCUAAGUCCAACGUGAAGGACAUGGCCACAUCUAAAGUAGGGAAGGAAACAGCAAAAUCUGAUGGGAGACGUGAAGAAUAUCCACUGGAGAAACAUGAGGACCCAGUGGAUGCCUCAAAGGUGAGGAAAACACACACUGAGAUCACAGUCCCCACCAUGAAUGGUGCCCAGCCCCAGCAGCCUGCAGAAAAAGAGGAAGAGCUGAUAAGAAUGAGGAAGAAGAGAUCAAAGAGGCUAGAUGGUGAAAACAUUUAUAUCAGGCAUAGCAAUUUAAUGUUGGAGGAUCUAGAUAAGACCCAGGACGAAAUAAAGAAGCAUCAUGCCAACAUCAGUGAAUUGAAGAAAAACUUCAUGGAAUCCGUCCCAGAGCCUCGGCCGAGUGAGUGGGACAAACGUUUGUCCACCCACUCCCCCUUCCGAAGCCUCAACGUCAACGGGCAGAUUCCCACAGGAGCGGAUGGAUGCUUUGCCAGCUGUGAGAUUGAGCAUCAGUUGAUCUGGGAGCGCUCUCUGAAAAUGAGUGACUUUCUCUCCCAAGAGGAUGUGGCUGCAGUGGCAGAGUGGAGCAGUUUUAACACUGGCUUUGCAUGGGAGGGCUCAAGGCAGUCGGUAGUUUUUAGUGAGACUCCAGUGCCACCCACCUCACAGCCUUCUGCCAGCUGGCACUUUGGUGCUUCCUCCCUAAGCAGCGAGGAGGAUGAGGAGAAAGAGGAGGAGGAGCAGGAGGAGGCGGUUCCCAGCCGAUCCGCCAGCGAGGAGGACCUGACAUGUGGAAAGGGGGUUUGUGUGGAUGUGGAGAAGGACUCGGAGCUCUCUGAGCUGGAGCCCCCACCCAGCCUUGCCACACUUCCCUGGCAGCUCUGGGGAGGAGAGGAGGAGGAGGUGGCAGAGGAUGGUGAAGACAGCUUUGCCUUUAGAAAGCCACAUGGCGAAUAUCCCAACCCAGAUGCUCCUAACAGGCUGCUGGAGCUCAUUCGCUGCUUCCAGCCCCCGCUAGUGAAGACACAGACUGUCACCAUCUCUGAUGUGUCCAGUGCCGUCAAAAGUGAAAUUCCCACAAAGGAAGUCCCUAUUGUCCACACAGAGACAAAGACCAUCACCUAUGAAGCUGCACAGACAGAUGGUGGCAAUGGGGAUUUAGACCCUGGCAUCCUGCUGACUGCCCAGACCAUCACUUCAGAAACCACCAGCAGCACCACCACCACCCAGAUCACCAAGACUGUGAAAGGUGGCAUUUCAGAGACACGGAUUGAGAAGAGGAUUGUCAUCACAGGAGAUGCAGAUGUAGACCAUGACCAGGUCCUGGCCCAGGCGAUCAAGGCUGCCAAGGAGCAGCACCCAGACAUGUCGGUGACCAAAGUGGUUGUGCACCAGGAGACAGAGAUUGCAGAGGAGUAGUUGGGCUGUGUGAGUAGAGACCACCUCAGGAAAUGUUCCUGCCUGCUACAACACCAGGAAAAAGAAACCCAGCAAAACUACCAAGAAACUACCUGGAGCACAAAGACCUCGGAUUUCAGACUUGACACUCAGAGACAUUCAUGUCAUUUAUUAAGAGUUGUGCUUUGACAUUUUACUUGGGAUUUUUCCAGAGUCCACUAGAUCCUAUUGGAUAUAGGGUUUUGUUUUGUUGGGGUUUUUUUAUAUAUAUUGCAACAGAGAUAUGCCAUAUUUCUAACUUCUGAAAUACUUCUAAUAUUUUUUACAGGUUUUCAGUUUUGCAUUCCCUCUCACACAAAGCCUCUUCAGACACAGAAUCCCAUCUCACAGGGCUCCAGGGCUCCCUGUUUUAACUUGUAUUCCAUCUGCCUUGUCAGGGAUAAUGGAGCUGUUCCAUGCAUAUUCCCAGUGCGGGAUCUGUAUGCGCCUUCACAAAGCCGUGGGUCCUUCUUCCAGGAGAGUCAGUUUAGAGUCAGACUUCAUGCAGCACUUCCGAUUGUCUCCAGCUUAUUUUUGUAGCUCUGGAGAGCUCCAGUCCUGCUGCGACCCCUGGGCUGCUCUGAGCUUCCUCCCCACUGGGUUCCAGCCCUGACGUGUGACCACAGUAGGGUUUUGUGGUGUAGCCUAUGCACUCAUCUGAAUAGUUGACUAGCUUUAAGGAAUACUGGAAGUUGCUUCAAGUAUCUUAUACUGUGAAUUUUAGAGCGUUAAGAGGACUGUGGUAGCAUCUCGCCUUCUUCUUGUGUGUCUCUGCUGAGUGCUCCCCAACCAUUUGUGUUUCCUAGGUGCCAUUAAAUUAAAAAGCCCUUAGAAGUGUGUGUUUAAGGUGUUUGGACUCAGGAUGCUAUUAAGGUAGGCUUAUGCAGCAUUCACGGGAACUGAGCUUUUCAAUGUCAUAGUUUUUCACUUGUUUGUGUUCAUAAUUUUUAAAUUAGGGAGGGGUUUUUGUUUUCUUUUGUAAGUCAUGGGUUGGUUUUUUUUCCUCCCCUCACAGUGCUGUUUAAAGCUGAACACGUUACCCAUUUCCCAGAGCGUGUAUCCUAUUAUCAUUUAAUGUAAACUCCUUUAGACAAUUUUUCCUAGGCCUGCAAGCUGUAUUUGGAGAGGCUGAACAAGGAAUUUUAGGAGGUGUCAGGUGUUGCUGGUUGUGAUAGAGCCAAACCACAUGGGAAGUGUUGAUGUUCUCUCUUCCACGCUGGCCUGUGGGUCUGGAUUUGGUUUCAUGACCCCCCUUGCUGGAAUGAAACAUCAGGGUGAUUGUCUGAAUUUUGAGGCUGAGCUUACAGACCCCUAGGGCAAUCUCCAGCACAGAGGGGGUGAUGCAAAAACACGAUUUCAGGGGCUGGAUGUGCUCUCACUGCUGCUCUCUAAGCUUCAUGGGAAUGUUCUUGCCUGGUUUGUCCUUCUAUCAUUUAAAUUCAAGAAGCAAAAAAGCAACCAAGCUCUGUAAAGAGUCUGCCCAGACACUUGUGAACACUUUAGUCCACUUGAGGUUGUGAUUUUAUUUGUUUUUCAUGUACAAAUAUACAUAUAUAUAUAUAUAGUGUGGCACAGUGGUAGCUGAGGGCAGGGAGUGUGCUGCUCCUCAGGUGAGGAUGGGAAAAAAUGGCAAUGAAGAUAAAAUCUCUCCAGUUUUAAAUUUAAAUCAUGUGUUUCAGAAGUCACUGGAUUUAGCUCAGGCUGCAAUGAAUUCACUGUUCAGCUGCAACUGGCCCUGGAACUAUAUUGGGGCUGGUGCAGCUUCUCAGCUUCAGGUGCAAUUUUAAAUAAGCUGCCAGUAUUGAUUGGAGACUGCUGGAGGUGCUGGAUUUUGGUUCUAUUUGAGACUUGCUGGCCCUGGGUCCUGCUCAGCUUCCAGCCUUCCUGUGCUGGCAGCUGCCUCUGGGCUGCUCUGGUGCCUGGGAUGCUCUGCCUCCCUCAGGGCAUCAUGCUCUGGGGAUUUAGGGAGUCCUGGGCUGUAGUGCAGAGAUUAAGUCUAUCCAUGUCUGAAAAGCUCUUUCCUUCCUUAUUCUGCCACACUGGCCCUGGAAGAGGUCUGAGUCUCUGCUGUUCUCAGCUUAGUUGGGUAAUGCUUACCUUAAACACCCAUCAUGCUGUGCACCCUCUGUCACUGUCCUUUUUCUGGGAAUUGAGUUCUUUGCUGCUUCCUUCUCACUUGCAACAGACACCUGAAGAGUGAAGGGGCACGUGGAGCAGUGGCUGAGAGGAUUUCUGGGCUUUAUCAGGCAGAGCCAGCAUGGCGAGUUUGUCCAUAGCACUCAAAGGUACUUGGCUGUCAGGAGAAUUUAGCAGACUGUGGUCCGUGGGUGUUCCCUUGGGGUGUCCUGUGCCCUGAGCACAAUGAGUGGAACAAAACACCCCAGGGGGUUUCUGGGGUGAGAAACCUGCUGGCAGGAGAGGUGGUUCCUUUCCAAAAGGAUGUGGUCACUGUUGCUGCAGAUAUCCCUUGUUAAAGGGCCUGUAGACUAGAAAAACCCUAUUUUUAUUUUUUUCCUUGGAUUUUGAGUGGCUAUUUCCAGGUUGUCCAUUUUCACACUUCCCCCUGCUGAGUUCUUGUUUCUCCUGGAGUAAUUCAAACCAGUCAUGGCCUCAUGUGCCCUUUGCCAUUGCCUGCUGUCUGACCUCAGGGGUUUCCAGCCCCACUCCUGCCAACACGGUGCCAGAGCCCAGGAGCUGGACAGGAGCCUGGGAAGAAGAUAAAAGCAGAAGCUUCUCUCACCCUCAGCCAAGGCCAUGGUGGAGCUGCCCACUCCCACUUCUGGUGGGAUUUAAAACACUUGGCUCUGAGUGUGCUGUGUCAGCUCUAGGAAAAAAACAGCUAAGUAAGGUCUAUUUAUAUGAAUCUUCCCAGCUCUUCCCACUCCACAAAUUCACCCAGAGACUGUCUUGAUUGUAUAAUAUGCAUUAUAUGGAAGCUAUUUAUAUAUGAAUGAAUGUUUUUAUAGAAAGGAAGGCAAGGAGCUCUUGUUCUUCUCCAUUAAACUGGAAUGGCAGCUCUGGUUGCCCAGUAGCAAUCCCUGACCAACAAGAGAUGUGUUGGCAAAGGACUGACUGAUUUCUGGUUUUAAUAAACUGUGGUUUGCUGAUUUUCCUAAUUGUACAAUUACCUUAAGAGGUGGUAGCAUCCCAGCCUUAGAGAUGAAACUUGUAAAAAACAAAAAAAUAAAUUAUUUAGUUGAGAAGAUGAAGGAGCUUUGUAAAAUUUUUUAAGGCAAUUGUGAAUCAUCUAGGUUAGGCAUUUACACUCUUUAUAAAAAUAGGAGCUUUUAAAAGUUGGCAAAACUUUCUAGAUCAACUAGUGAUGGGAGCUGUUAUUUUGGAUUUUCAUAGUGAAUCAAAGGGAAAGUUGCCAUAGUGUUUAGGCAGACCUAAAUGUUCAGUAUUGCUUCUUGUAUUGCAUUUUUCAAUAAAUCUUCAAACAAAAUUCUCUCCCUGGCA